AUGUCUACUAUGUCGGGUCAUGGCUCUGAUGAUAGGAGAGAGUUUGCUUGCGCCUACUGUCAGAAAACCUUUCGCAGGCUGGAGCAUCUCCAACGUCACACGCGACGACAUACAAAUGAAAAGCCGUUUGCAUGUCGAUGUGGAGCGCUAUUCACCCGGCGCGAUCUGCUGCGUCGACAUGAGCGGAUAGUCCAUCCCUCUUGGACUAAUGCCAAUGAAAGCAACGUGCCCGACCAGGUUUCGGACAAUGAUCAUGAGAUCUCGGUCCGGUCGCAGCAGGAGACAUCCCCUGUUGACUCCCAACAUAGGCCCAUAGGGAACCCGCCUGCUCACUUUGGACAAGCUUAUUUUUCCCUCCAGACGCCUGGUUCUUCGGGGUCCUCGAUUGGCAUAGAUCCCCACCAUUCUUCAAGAAAUCUGUCCAAUCCCCUAGCAAGUCAAUCGUCUCCCGUCUCAGACCAGAUACCUACUCAAGAUGGCCAUGAAAUGUCGAUUAAUCAAUCUCUCUGGUUCCGCCAGAAUAAUGAUCAAUCUUAUGCCCAUGGUUUUCCCACCAUAUUCCCGUCCCCCCAUUUAUCCCUAGCCACUCAGAUCGUUCCACACUCCCCAAGCCCCAAAGUCACACAUGCCGACAGAUCCAGACUGCUCUUCUCCCUCGGCAGGGUGGAUACGCUUUUUCCCAAGCCUAACUUACCCUCGAGUAAUGCCCUCACACGGUACAUCGCUGGAUACUUUACCGGGUUCUAUGCCCAUGUCCCAUUUACUCAUACGCCGACUUUCAAGCUCGAGUCAUGCUCGCCGGAACUGUGCUUGGCUAUGAUGGCGCUUGGUGCUGUGGACAGGUUCGAGUUCACUGCGGCCACCGAGCUAUUUUACUUUUCCAAGGCCCUGCUCUUUGAUAGCCGACAGCACAGGGUUCGAUCUGAGACCCGGAGGCAAACAGAGUCUCUCAUAGGUGACACCACACUGCAAAACCAACUCAUCGACGAACUGCGCUGCCUACUCUGUCUCGCGUAUUUUGCUUCAUGGCAAAGCGACCCGAGCAUCAGGAACGAAACGUGCGUUCUAGUGGGCCUACUCGGGCAGUCUAUGAGACAGUGUGGCCUGGAAGAAAGGCUGCAGACUACGCGGUACGAUAAUUGGGAACAGUGGUCGCAACUAGAGUCGGAACGACGGACGAAGCUCUUCGCUUUCUGUUUCCUCAAUGUCCAAAGCAUUGCAUAUGACAUGCCGCCGAGUAUCUGGUGCGAUGAGGUGAAUCUUAAGCUCCCGUGCUCUUGUCCAGAGUGGACAGCACUAGAUGCGACAAGCUGGGAUAUGCUGCGGAGGGCGACGACACCGAAUGAGCAGGGGUACUUCAAUGACGCGCUUGAGAUACUGUUAUCUGGGACGAAGCAGGUGGACCCGAAUAUUGCUACCGUCUCACCGGUAGGAAAUUAUGUCUUGAUGCAUGGCUUAUUGCACAAGAUUAUGUGGACUCGGAGAUCUAUACCUGGAAACCUGUCGCGGGCUUUCUCUGAGGAUUUUCAGGCGACGCUUGAAUCCGCACUCCAGCGAUGGACGCUUUCAUGGCAACAAACCCCAGAGUCAAAUCUAGAGCCCCUCGACCCGAACGGACCCUUACCAUUCACAUCCAGCGCCCUGCUCAGCCUCGCAUACGUCCGCAACUGUUUUGACAGAUUCCAAACAAGGAAACUCUCCACGUGGGCACCAACCGACAUUGCCCAAUUACUCCAAGGUUCGUUUCCCGUGGACCGCAAACAAAAUACCCUCUUGGCAGCAUACCACGCAACGAACUUGCUUAGCACGCUAGUCAAGCUCGGCGUGCAAUAUUUCAAACACAAUCAGGCCGUUCUCUGGAGUAUCGAGGCUGCGCUCUGUGGUCUUGACUGCUCAAUAUUUCUCGAAAAGUGGCUUCGGCGUGUGCAGGAGACUAUGUGUGAUGCCCCUUUGACGGAUCACGAAAUACAACUCAUCACAUGGAUUCAAGACAUCGUCUCCGAGGGCCUAUCAUCAGCAAACGAGGGCUCUUUCAGCAAGGCUACACCACCCGCCAUGAUUCCGGAGCAGAUCAUCACGGUGUGGUCGCAUGUAAUGCAAGGCAACUCGCCAUAUCCGUUUAUAAAGAUGAUGGGCGACGUCCUCGUCGAGUAUAAACGUCUAUCAGCGAGGUCGUAAUGAAGAGUUGUCCUGAAACUGGCCGCAGAACUUACAAUAGGCGUACGCUUCUCAGUUUCCCGCAUAGGCUUCGUGCAUGUUCGGUGUUGGUUGGUGAGACUUGACUAAGCGACAUUUAAAGUCUUUAUCAGUGAGAUGACCAUUAUAGUGAAGUAGAUGGGACUCUUUGUCAAGUCCUGAGCCAACAUUCAAUUCAAUUUCUUCGGCUCUAGUCUGUAAUUCGCUUUCGCCUAGCACUACCCAGCCACUACCAAGGCCGAG